CAGGGACCGGGAGGGUUUCAGCUGGUUGCGCUUGGGUGCCUGUGACAAAUCCAAGGAGCUGCUGACCGUUGAGGAAGGCUUCAAACUGGCGUUUCCAGAAGGCAUAGUUGUUAUCGGUGAGUUUAACGGUAAUGGAGUGAACAAAUCUCAAAGAGGGUGGUUGAUACAAAGCAAUGGCGUCGGCCAUGGCUCUGAUACCAUGCGAAAGGUGAAAGAAAGGUGAAUACAUUGGGAAGCCCUAAUACACGUAGAACACUCUGACUAGUCUGACAGCUGUAGAGAGCUGUAACGAUUGUGGAUAGGGACGGGGCUGCUUUUGCUUUUCGUACACAGCUCCUUCAUCGUUGCUCUUCCUUUGUCAUGUAGCUCUACCGCUGGUGACCGUUGGAGUGUUUGGGUUUGGCAUGUAUUCGUAGUGGGCUUCGACUUACUCAGGCCCAAUGUAUGCUCAUUAAGUGGAGCGGUGUCGUUUGGUUUGACAACAUCAUCAUCAUCAUUAUCAUCGCUCUCUCCGUCUCAUAUUUUUUUUGAGAAACACACAAAAACCAAUAGUACUAUUGACAAAAAAAAUGAUACUGAAUCAGAAAAAAAACAUAUUUGGAACUUUUCGGCACCUAAAGGAGUGAGAUUUAUAUAGUGGAAAACUCUAGGGUUUUCAGUUCUAUUAGCUACAAGAUCAAAACGCUGUCAUUUUAGUCUGUACGGGUUUGAAUGAGGCUACUGGGCUUCCAUCACUAGGCCCAAUAGUAGUAUUAGGAGUUCAUUUAUAUUGUCUGGGUUCGUUUUACGGGACGUCACAAAAGCUGGCAAGUUGUUUGAAUAUGACAUCAUCGUCUCCUUAGCUCAGAAAAAAACAACAAAACAAAAAAAUUUAUCUCCCCGUUUCUGUACACAAGGAUUUAAAGUGUCUCUCUUUACUUUCUCUUAAAUCUCUAGAUUUUGAUCGUAGCUACAUUACUCUUUCCCAUGGCUGCCCCUGAUGAGGACCAACGUUUUAUUAAGCCUUUCAUCUCACAUAAGUCAGCCAAAUCAUUGGCGAUUCCGUUGGCCUUCAACGAAUACUUUCCGGAUCCAUUGCCAAAUACGGUGGAGCUCCUAGACUACUAUGGGAGAUCCUGGACGAUUAGGAUGAAGAAAAGAGGAGAGACUGUGUUUUUAACUGUUGGUUGGGAAAACUUUGUAAAGGAUAACGAGCUUGAAGACGGGAAGAUGAUGGAAUUCAUCUAUGACUGCGACCGGACCUUUUAUGUUGUCAUAUUUGGUCAUGGCGGGGUUAGCGAGCUUAGAGUCUUUCCUCAAGCCGUAGUAGAUGUUGGUGACUAUGCAACCGGUGAAGAAGAGGAAGAGGAAGAGAAGAACAAGAGUAACUGAAACUUGAGUAUGUAUCAUCCACGUAGGUGUGAAGCAAAUGCUGCUUUUUAAAGUUAGUAUAUCAGUUUAUUUAUUUGAGCCUAUGUAACAAGAUGUUUAAUCUAAUGAACACACUUUGUUGUCUGGCUGUAAAUCCUUGUUUAAACGAUUUAGAAAAUGGAUUAAAAGACUCUUGUUUGUUUAUCAUUCA